GAAGCGCAUUAUUGGGUAUCGGGGGGCUGGACGCGGAGGACGGCGACUCGCGCCGGUUGCUCGGGAAGCGAAGGCUUGCUUUCCCCCCCCACCCACCCCGGUGGAAGGCGCAGAGGGGGGAAGAGGCCCCGGGAAGCCACGCAUCGGAUCCGCUUCGCUCCUCCUCCGAGUUUUAAACUCGGAUCGCGCCCGCGGAUUUGUUCCUUGCUGCCGGCUCCCCUCGAUCCAGAGGACGCGGAUCUUUAGAACUCAUGAGUGUCUCUGACAGAGCACCAUAAUGACGGAGGAAGCCUGCCGGACACGAAGCCAGAAGCGAGCACUGGAACGCGAGAUCAACCAGAACGACAUAGACAGUAAAAAGAUGAAGAUGGACAAGGGGCUUUUGGGGGCCCCGGAGGCAAAUGCCGAAGGGGGGGACCUUAAGAUAAAGACGGACUCCACAUCUGGGAGAGUCCCGGGAUUAUUAAAAGGAGGGGAAAUGAAAGCCACCAUCAAAGUGGAGGUGCAGACGGGAGAUGAGCCGGUGGAUAUGAGCACCCCAAAAAGCGACCCGAAGCGAGAGCGGAGAGUCCCAUCGCCCGAUGUAAUAGUCCUCUCGGACAACGAGCCGUCGAGCCCCAGAAUGAACGGGUUGACGAAAAUAGCGAUAAAAGAGACCAGCGCGGAGGUGUUGAUGAAAAGCAGCCCCGAGGAGCGGGAGCGAAUGAUCAAGCAGCUGAAGGAGGAGCUGCGGUUAGAAGAAGCGAAACUGGUGCUGUUGAAAAAGCUCCGGCAGAGUCAGAUACAGAAGGAGGUGACCGCUCAGAAGCCCGCUGGUUCCUCAGGAAACACUGUGGCAACCCCUCCACCGUUGGUACGGGGAACGCAGACCCUCACAUCUAGCAAAUCCGCUCUCCUUCAGAAUUCUUCUUCGCGUAUUCCUGGGACUGUUAUUCCUCCCCCGUUGAUCCGCGGGGGGCAGCAAGCAUCCUCAAAGCUGGGUUCUCAGCAAAACACACAAAUAGUCAUGCCCCCUCUCGUCCGAGGGGCACAGCAAAUCCACAACAUUCGCCAACACUCCACCUCAGGGCCCCCUCCGCUGCUCCUGGCUCCACGGGCCUCCGUCCCCAGCGUGCAGAUACAGGGCCAGCGGAUCAUACAGCAGGGCCUUAUCCGUGUCGCCAAUGUCCCCAACGCGAGCCUGUUGGUCAACAUCCCACAGGCCUCGCCAACUUCCCUUAAAGGCACAGCUGUGACGUCGGCCCAGGCAAACGCUGCGGCCACCACGACCAGUGUGGCGUCCAUUGUCAACUCCAACGACUCUCCGGCCAGCCGACAAGCAGCUGCCAAGCUGGCGCUACGAAAGCAGCUGGAAAAGACCCUGCUGGAGAUCCCCCCUCCCAAGCCGCCAGCCCCCGAAAUGAACUUCCUGCCCAGUGCAGCCAACAAUGAGUUCAUUUACCUGGUGGGGCUGGAGGAGGUGGUGCAGAACCUUUUGGAAAGUCAAGGCAAAGCGUCGGUCGCCCCCUGCUCGCAGGAACCCUACACCUGCGUCCAGUGCAAGACGGACUUCACCUGCCGCUGGCGGGAAGAGAAGCGGGGGCUUAUCAUGUGUGAGACCUGCAUGUCCUCCAACCAGAAGAAGGCCCUGAAGGCCGAGCACACCACCCGCCUGAAGGCCGCCUUCGUCAAGGCCCUCCAGCAGGAGCAGGAGAUAGAGCAGCGGAUACUGCAGCAGGCUGCCUCCCCUGUGCAGACAAAGCCGGAACAGCUCGCUCAGCAGCACCACGCGCUCAAGCAGACCGCCGGCCAGCUGCCCCGAAGCGCCAGCACCACCCGUGGAGUCUUGCAUGCAUUUAGCCAGUCGCCCAAGUUGCAGAACGCGUCCGGCGUGGCCGUACUUGGUGGCAGGCAAGGUAAGCGUGCUCAGAGGCCCAUCGGGAAAGGCGGUGCUUGCACUUGGAAGAAGACUGUCGUCAACGCAGGCGGGGCGCUAAAUUUUGUGAACCCUAGUCUCGCCGUGCACAAAACGACUUCCUCAGCCGUGGACCGCCAGCGCGAGUACCUUCUGGAUAUGAUCCCUCCGCGAUCCAUCCCUCAGUCUGCCACAUGGAAAUAACGCAGGGGCCUCUGUUACUAGUGGAAGACUUCGACUUUUCUUGGGUUUUUUUGGUCCCUCACCCCUCUCCCAUUUGAGUCUGCUACCCUUCUCUGCCCACCCCAUUCCACCAUGUAGUGGAAAUCUGCUUUUUGAGCCUAGCUGGAUUUGCCCCAUGGGGGGUGUGCAGGGGGAGGCUUUUUUUUUUCCUUUGGUCAACCCUGCCGAAGGCUGCCUCACAUUCCGCAGGGUGGAAGGGACGCUUUGGGGGAAUGGCGAUGACGCGAGGCUACCAAAUUCUUGUGGCAACGGCUGGCUCGGAGAGGGGAGAGAAAUCUUGAUGAUUCUUUUUUUUUUCCUUACGUAUUUCUGUUUAGUUUGGGGGCUGAUGUUUUUUUUUUCCCAAUCAGCACUAGCACAGAGCAAGGUGGACUGCACAAGAUAUGUGCUCUCAGCUGCUUCUGGUUCCCUUCCCCGCCUUACAUAGAUAGUUAUAUGGGUUUAAUUUUUUGUUUCUUUGUUUGUUUGGGGUUGUUUUGGUCGAUCGUACAACGGUCGUUAGUGAUCAAGGGUAUACUUUUUCCCGCGCAUGGGAAAUAGAACUGGAAACCAGCAAUAGCGGACAAAUUCGGCAAGGGAGGAUCGGUGCCCCUCUUCGUCCCUCCUCGGCACCACCCUCGGUGAUUCUCAAGGAUGCAGGAGUGUGAUGGUGGGAUUUUUGUUUUUCUUUUUCAGUCCAAUAAUAAAUUAUGAAACUUCGCAGAUGGGUUGAGACUCUAUCAGAAGAAAUGGGGCGAGCGAACAUGGGGUUUGUCCUUUUGUGUAUGCCACCCUGUGUCAGCAUGUCUUGCCCUGGACAUUCGACAGUCUCUUCCCUGACCACUACUGGAGAGUUGAAACCAAAACGCUGUCUUGAAUAUCCUUCUUCUGAACAGUCAACAUGUAUGGGAGAUGGGGGGGGGGAGCAUUUGUCCAGAGCUCCCAGUUGUCAAAGGAAAUGGGAAUAAUUUUUACAGAACUCUUUUUGGGUUUUUCUUCAAUGACUCCUUUUUUCUUUUUAAUUUUUCCCACCUUGACUGUCUAGGAGCAGCGUGCAAUUUAGUUUUGUUGAGCAGAAGGGACCAGAAGAGUAAGAGGUUAUGUGGUUUUGUUUUAAAAAAAAAGAAUAAAAUGAAAUAAAACACGAGACAAAACCUGCUUGUCUCAAUUGCUGCCACUGUGGAUGGGGGCCGGGAAGAGGAAUAAGAAUCUCAUUCCUGUUUGGACAGUUCUGAGUCUCGUCGCCAGCUGCAAAAUGCAACAUUGCAUGAGAAAGGCUGCCUCCAACGUGAACAUGUCAAUUGCUCAACAUGCUCCGUCACCCUCUUGGGGAGGGAGGGAAGAGUUCCCUGUAGCACCUUGGCUAACUCUGGCUUUAAAUCCAUUUUUAUCCCCUAAAAAUUCCAACUAUAAUCCCGAAGCUUCAGAUUUACAUUUUCACCCCUCCCUCAUUUUUUUUUUUAGUUUUUAUUUUCUAGCGGCGGAAAGUAUGGACCUUUCUAUUACGAUUUCUAAUAACGUGUCAGCACUGGACUUAGUGCUGACCUAUAGAAGGUGCAUUGCAAAAAUUAUAUAAAUAUAUAUAUAUCUAUAUAUAUAAAGAGGAAGGGGCGGGGGGGUUAAUACUGUGCA